AUGGUUACUUUCAAUUGUGAGGUCUGUAACGACACUGUUCCUAAAAAGAACACCGAAAAGCAUUACUACCGUUGCCCAAAUGCCUAUUAUACAUGCAUCGACUGUUCGACCACGUUUGAUGACGGGUACAGUUACCAAAAGCACACAGAAUGCAUAACGGAGGAUGAAAAGUACCAGAAGGCUUUAUACCAGGGCAAGAAGAAGGGUGGCAAGAAGACUGAGGUGAAGAAAGCUGAGGCCAAGAAGCCCGAGGCCAAGAAGACUGAGGCCAAGAAGCCUGAGGCCAAACCAAAAUUCACACUGACCAAGGGCGAGUCAUUAUACAAGAUCAUGAAGACGCUCAAAGACAAAGACGCCAAGAAGGAGCUAUUGAAAAGACUAAUAGUCGACGAAUCGGGGAACUUAAUCCUGAAGGAAUAA